CGUCACGAGAGUGAGGAUUAUUUUAAAGGCAAUAAACCAACAUUGACGAGAGUUGAGGUUUAGGGUCGGAUAGUUAAAACUGACCGUUAGUUCUAAAGUCCGCGAGAGCUAUUUAGGAUUAAUGAGUUUUAUAUUGAUUUUCAAAGGUACUUAUAUAGGUAAGUGAGCGCGUGAGAGCUGAGCAUUUAUUUUAUCUAAGUAUAACGCUAGUCAAGAUUUGCGAGAGCUGAGAUUAGUGUUUUUAAAUUAAAUAUAAUUCUUGAAAACUGGCAACGGUUUUAUUUUCUUAAGCAGUUUUUAAUUAAGCGUUGAUUAUAAUUCGUCACGAGAGUGAGAAUUAAUUAAAGUAAAAAUCAAUAGAGCGAGAGCGUGAGAUUUCUACUAGAUAGUAAAAACUGAACAUUAAAUCUAAUUCGCAACGAGAGUUGGGAUUAGAGUUAAUUAAAUUAUAUUGUUUUUCAAAGAGUAUUUUAUUAGCGGGUGUGAGGACGAGAGUUAAGCAUCACCUUUAUAAUUUAUAAUACUAUCUGAAUUGUAUUUUUAAAACAAUAUAGUUUCGAAAAUUUAAUUGUUUACACCACUAAAAUCUAGAAGUAAUGCAACUACUUUGUAAAGUAUUUUAUUAAUUUCAUGAUGAGAGUUGUGAGAGCUGGAAGUGAGAACGGCUUUUGCCUGGAGCAUCGAUUUUAUUAAAAUACGACAAUUAGAUGUGGUAGUAAUUUUGUCUAGCGCGAAUUAAGCAUUGAACCCUCUGAAGCAACUAAUAGCACGUCCUAGCAAUAUUUUAUUUACAUAUUAAAAAUCUAAAAAAUAUUUAUUUCUCUUAUUUUAGUUAUUCAAUUAAUCAUAACCCUUUAAAUCAUUAGCCUUAGAUUUACAAAGCAACACUAGAAUACGGUAGGUCGAUUAUUGGUCCUUUGGGUUCGAUAUCUUUUAAAACUACACGACACGACUGUAUACUUGCAGUCCCGUUGUCACGCACACGAUCAAGUUUUUGGCGCCGUUGCCGGGGACCAAUUUAGUCGAUAUCGUAACUCCAGUGUUACACCGUAGAGACUAAGGCAAUUUAAUUUUAUUUUUAUUUUACCCCGAUUAGUUCGUUUGUUGCAUGCCAAGCACUCGCUCUAGAGGAGAAAGAUUGGUGCAACUAGUUAGCGAACCCGAACGUCUUUUAAGACGUAGAAAUUUAGAAAAUCAAUUAGAGAUUCCUCUUCCCGAUUUAGUUAUGGCUGAAGCCCCACAAGAACGACCACUAAGGUCAUACGCUAUUCCUUCGCAAGCUGAACCGCACAAUAGCAUCGCUGCCCCCGCUAUUGAAGCAAAUAACUUUGAGCUUAAACCUUCAUUGUUGUCAGCCGUACAACAAAACCAAUUCUCCGGAAACCCCACGGACGACCCCAAUUUACAUUUGUCCAUAUUCUUGCAAUACGCGGAUACCGUGAAGGCAAAUGGUGUCAGUCCCGAAGCUAUAAGACUUCGCUUAUUCCCAUUCUCAUUAAGAGAUAAAGCUAGAGCCUGGCUCCAGUCCCUACCAUCCAACUCAGUCGCAACAUGGAACGAGUUGAAGAAAGUCUUUUUAGCGAGAUAUUUCCCGCCUAGCAAAACUGCUAUGCUAAGAGCCCAAAUCAAUGGAUUUAGACAAAGAGACAACGAAUCUCUUUUCGAAGCAUGGGAAAGAUACAAAGAAAUGAUUAGGAUAUGUCCUCAUCAUGGGCUCGAAAAUUGGCUAAUUAUCCACACCUUUUACAAUGGUCUCUUGUAUAAUACAAGAAUGACAAUAGACGCCGCAGCUGGUGGCGCACUUAUGGAUAAACCAUACAACCAAGCCUAUCAGCUUAUUGAGAGCAUGGCUCAAAAUCACUAUCAAUGGGGAAGCGAGAGAGCACCAGUAGAGAAAACUCAAACGAAAGGUGGAAUGUACGAAAUCAGCAACAUGGACCACAUCAACGCCAAGUUAGAUGCCUUAACUCAAAAGAUAGAGAGUCUAACCAACGCACCCAAAGCCAACGUGGCUGCAACAAUACAAAAUUGUGAGUUGUGCGGAGCUCAAGGUCAUACAAUCGCUGAAUGUCGACUUCUAACCGAAGCUCCCAACGACCAAGUGAAUUACACUCAAGGGAACUCUUACAACCAAAACCAGAGAAAUCACCCGUACCUUUCGUACAAUAGCAACAACGCUUUAUAUGCACCUGGCCAAACACCUACUCCUUCGCCACCAGGAUUCCAAAAACCUGCUCAAAAUGCUCCUAUGAAGUCAAACCUUGAAUUGAUGAUGGAGAACUUCAUAGCCCUACAAACUCAAACUAACAAGGAAUUCCUAAAUCAAAACAUACACACUAAUGAGCAAAUUAAGCAAUUAACAAGCAGGCUAGAACUCUUGACCACUCACAAUAAGAUGUUAGAAACACAAAUCGCACAAGUUGCACAACAACAAGCAUCUACCUCUGCUCCUGCAGGCAUAUUUCCUGGCCAGCCUCAGCCAAACCCAAGGGGACAUGUGAAUGCUGUUAUAUUACGAAGUGGGACACAAUAUGAUGGACCAGCUGAUCCUAGAACUAAAAAUCCUACCAUGCAACCCAAUUCCGAUAAGACAACCGAGAAGGAGAGUGAACCAAAAGAAAAGGAGGAUAGUGGAGAGGAAACCAAAGAGAAAGAGAAACCUUACGUUCCUCCCCCACCAUAUAAACCACCCAUCCCGUAUCCUCAAAGAUUAGUACAAUCCAAAAACGUAGGGCAGUUUAAGAAAUUUGUUGAGCUUCUACAAAAACUAAACAUCACAAUACCUUUUACGGAAGCUAUCACACAAAUGCCCUCGUACGCUAAGUUUCUUAAAGAUAUCUUAACUAAUAAGAAAAAAAUCGAGGAAGAAGAAACCGUUAUGCUUACUGCCGAGUGUAGCUCCAUACUUCAAAAUAAUAUGCCUCCUAAGCUAAAAGACCCAGGAAGUUUUUCCAUACCAUGUGUCAUUGGAAAACAUGUCAUAGAUAGAGCACUAUGCGAUUUAGGAGCCAGUAUAAGCUUAAUGCCUAUGCCCAUAUUUGAAAAACUUAAGUUAGGAGAAUUGAGACCGACUAAAAUGUCAAUACAAUUCGCUGACCGUUCUGUCAAAUACCCCCUAGGUAUACUAGAAAACGUGCCAGUACGUAUAGGUCAAUUCUUUAUCCCAACUGAUUUUAUAGUCAUGGACAUUAGGGAAGAUUCCAAUACACCCAUAAUUUUAGGAAGGCCAUUCUUAGCAACUGCCGGUGCCAUAAUAGAUGUGAAAAAAGGAAAGCUCACCUUUGAAGUAGGUGAAGAAAAAGUUGAAUUUAUCUUAACACAAUUCAUGAACGCAUCGGCCAUUGAAGAUAGUUGCUAUAUGUUAGACGUCGUCAAAGAAUGUGGAAAAGAGAUGGAGAAAGAUAAAACCAAAAAUUCUGAAAUUCUAAAAACUCUCAUCCCUCCGACUCAUAAAAAUGGUAAUGACGACCUAGCUAAAAGUUUAAAGAAAAGCUCUUGCUAUAGACUCGACAUAGCUGAAACAAAUGUCGAUAACACACCCUUUAAACGAGUACCUCCCGACAUACUAAAAGCCCACCCAGAAAGUAAUAUCGCUCAAAAUAAAAUACCCCCGGGUGUCUCUAAGAAAAAGAAAGAAAAAAAGAAGAGAAGACCUAUGAAAUGGUCUGACAUUUUCAAAUGGAGACCCAAGAAUAUUGAGCAUAAUUUAAAAGAUGUGAGUCUAGAGGAGGAACCAUGUUGACCUAUAGGUCUAGAUAGUCGAGCUAACCGACGUUAAACAAAGCGCUGCAUGGGAGGCAACCCAUGAGUUUUCUUUAAUUCUUGUUUAAAUUUUUGCUUUCUUUUAUUUUUGAUUUUUUUUUUUUUUAUGACUAUCUUUGAUGAUUCUGUGCCUAAUAGAGCUCCCACGCACAUUUCUCCAAAUGUUGCCGCUGGUGGGGGCGCAAGCAUUGUUCCACCUGCACACACUACACAUUUUUCUAACACUUUUGCAGGUAGUUCCUCCUCAUCAAGGCAAAGCUCCAUCGAUGAUGUACUCGAUAAGAUACGCGCCCAAAACGCACUAAAUCAAGAGCGCGAUGGAUUAUUCUAUGCCAUGCAUCAACAACAAGAGGAGAUGAUGGAACGAAUGACAUUCAUGCAAGCCCAGCAAGACGAAAUUCUUCAAAACCAACAUGAGAUGCAGGGCUAUUAUCAUAGGUUUUGUGCUCCAAAGCUACACUUGAGUCUCAACAGUGAGGACACAGUUGGAUUUAAGUUUAGGGGAGUAUUCUACCAUCCUUACUUUAUUUCUCAGUCAUUUUAUUUUUAGUACAAUUUCCCUUUUCGCAAAUAAAAUAAUAGCACUAUUUUUGGGUAAAUUUUAAAUUUUUCCUUUCCUUGAACCAA